AAAGACCCAACUACUGUGGCCAAUAGGCAACUAACCUCCAUCUUGAUAAAUGAUUAUAUGUUUAAAUCGUUGUGGACAUUUCACAGGGCUGUUCCGAUUACACAUUUUGUCGUUGCUAAGCCCAUUUCUCUUCACCGACACCCAUUUUCAAACACAAAUCUGAAAAUUCAAGCCUAAUUUACAAAACCUCUGACUCUUCCUGCAAACUAUCAGAACACACCCCAAGUUAGUCAAAAAAAAAAAAAAAAACUCACGCAGCAGUCAUUACAUGCAGUACAGGAAAAAGGAAAGCACAACGAUUAGAUGGGAAUGCUGCGGAAAUCAUCUUUCUCGUUAGCAACAGGCAGGUGUUAAGAAAAGCAAAACAAAAAUCCUGCAUAACAGUUAAAAAAAAGAUAAUUAUCCAUCCAUCCAUUUUCCAAGCUACUUAUCCUCACAAGGGUCGCGAGAGUGCUGGAGCUGAUCCUAGCUAACGUUGGGCGAAAGGCGUACUACACCGUGAGCUGGUCGGAGGUCAGUCGCAGGGCACAUAUCAACAACGUUACUCCUGCACCAAAGUCAGAAAUCAAAUGGAGGGAGGAGCUCCGAGCUAAAAUUCCAGAUAUCAGUGAAGAAUUGUCACCAGACUCGUGACUCCCAAUUCCCCACCUGGGGACAUGAACCCGCACGAACGAUAUUUAGACCAUCAUGAAGAUGCUGGUGGUGCUCCUGAUGCUGCUGCUUUGUGUUGAUGGCACUCAUGCGGACUGUCAGGAUGACUGCCUAUCCUGCAGCCUCAUCCUGCCCAAAGAGCUCACCUUCAACACCAUGGAGUGUCUGUUUGGAUGUGCAGGCUCAGCCUCCCCAGCAUCCUCCUGGGAUGCCUGUCGUGGGUCCUUGUCGCUGUCCUCCCUGCCCAAAAGAUCUCAGGAGGAAGUGGAAGUUUUGUUUCCUGGCAAUGAGGAGGAAGAGCAGGGGGAGGAGAACGGGGAGGGUCUGCCAUUGGCUUUGCAGAGGUUGGAUCACAUGACCGGAGCUCUGGGGGUGAAAGAAAGGGACACAGGUAACAACGAUGCUCUGUCUUUGGAUGAUGUGUAUGAGGACUCUGACGAUGGUGACAUGACUCUGAGCGUCUCCAAGAGGUUUGGCGGCUUUGUGAAGGGCCGACACGGCUACAGGAAGCUGAUGGCGCCAGCCAGGUCCUACCAGAAGCGCUAUGGCGGCUUCAUCGGUAUCCGCAAAUCGGCACGCAAGUGGAACAACCAGAAACGCUUCAGUGAGUUCCUGAAGCAAUACCUGGGCAUGAGUGCCCGAGCUACGGAGUAUAACAGCGUCUCAGAAGAGCUCAGCCAGCACAAUGAGGUGUAGCGCAGCUACCAACACCGUCACACCACCGAUGUCCUGUUUGUAACGUUUGGCUGGAUUUACACUACAGGGCAAAAUUCCCAGUUAGUGCCUGUGUGUCGACUGUCUACAUCUACUGUCAAGUGAUACAUAUCUGAUAUUACUGUACUUCACAUCUGUAGUGUACUCUCACUGGUCUGAAUCAUUUGUAAGUUUAGUUAACUGUGUCAGUUUUUUAACCUUUUUCGUUUUUGUUCACGACAUAAACAUUAAAUGAUUCUUAAAGGAAUUGGUAUUGACUUAUUCUCAACUCCUCAAAGUAUUCAUGUUAAAUAGUCUUCAUCUUAACUUGGUCCUGACUCGUCACUCUCUGUUGACUGCUUAAAGACUUAUGCUCAACAGUCUAAAUUCUGCACAAAACUGGACUGGACUGUUCCAAGUCUUCACUUGGUCUCCAUAGCUCGUAGUCUUGGUCUUGAUUUUAUCUAGGCUUCUCAUUGUUGAAACUGUCUGACUUUGGGCUUGACUGACUCCUAAAUCUCUUGGUUUAGGUCUCAACUUGUCAGAGACUUGACUUGGUCUUGAAUCCUCAAAUUCUGGGUCUUGACUUGGUGUCACAUUGUCUUGUUUUGUGUUUUAGGACAACUUUUCAAGUCAUGGUCUUGAUUUGGUAUAAAGUUGCCGGAGUCUUGAUUUGGUCUUGACUAAUCAAAGUCUUUGUUUUGACUUGGUCUCAUGUCACCUUGGUCUUGAUUUAGUCCUACUUUCCUCCAAGUAUUAAUUUGGUCCCAAUUACUCAAAGUUCUGUGCUUAACUUUGUCUCAACUAGUCAAUUUUGAUUUGGUCUUAAUUACUCAAGUCAUAACUAUGUUUACUUAAACUCUUACUCCUGAUUUGGUUUUACUUCGUCUGAAAUCCUUAAAGUCUUGGUCUAGACUUGUCAAAAACUGUAUUUAGUCUUCAUUCAUCAAUGUCUUAAACCUAACUUGUCCUCACAUUGCAUUGUCUUAGUCUUGAUUUAGUCUUAGUGUACUUUUGAGGUCUGAAACUCUUGAGCUUGAUUUCGUCCUUGUCUCAUCUAAAUCCUAAUUUGCGAAGAAUUCCACAAGGUCCUGGUCUUUCCUUGUCUUAACUUGUCAAAGUUCUUUCUUAAUAGUUCAGGUCUUGACUUGGAAUCAAUUUGUCAAUGUCUUGAUGAGGGCUAAAUUCCUCACAUACAAUUUGUUACCAUGUUUGAACAAUUUUUCUCCUUGGAAUUCGAUUACAGUGUAAAUCCAGUCUUCAUCAACUGCAUAUCAUACAAUGAAAUGACUUUUUCACCAUUAAAAAAAAUGACAACGAUCACCACCUCUCAGACCUCUCUAUACGCGCUAAUUGAGGCAUUGGUGUAAUUUAAAAUUUUGCUCCCCCCUUUUCUCAGUCUAGUCACAUGGUCACAUUUUAACAGCUCAGCAAUAAGACAAAGCUUGAACAGCUCAUAUUUUAAAUGAAAAGCACUUGGGUAGACCCCAUACCAGGAAUAUUAAUGCUUUUUAAAAUAUAUAAUUGCUAAAAAUGCUCAUAGAAUGACCACACGAUACACAGAACUGAACUAAAACAUUAGCUAGAAAGACAUAAUUACCCUGACUGGACAUAUGGGGUUUGUGAAGCUUCUUGAUUUUCGGUUGAAUUUAUGGUGCGGAAUGGUUUACAGGCUCAUUGGCAAUAUUUCCCUGCAGCAAUGAUGGAAGGGGGCUCCACUAUUACAUUAUAUAACAGAGAAUGGACAGGGAGACGAGGCAGGAACAUCACAAAGGCAGCGAGGAAAAACAGCAUUAUAAGGAUUUAUUAUGAGACAAAUGAAUCUGUAUUAACACAUUUUCAGGAUAAUCAUUACUCUGUAUUAAAUAUGAAUUAUGUAUUGAAAGAAGUUAUAACCUAGUUUUCCUACCAUGUUACCCCUAGUGCAGAAUAGACUUAUUGAACUCUUUUGGUUAGAUUGUUUUACAGCUUUGAGCUGAAUGAUUUACUCUGCUACCAUCUUGUGCUACUAAACUUCAUCACGCUUUGCCUUGUUGCUAUUUUGUGAUAAGUGAUCAAUGGAUUGUAUUAAAAAAACACUUCUAAAUUAUAUAAAUUCGUUACUGAAUCAAACAAUUACGUAUUUAACUCAACUUAUGUAGAAGACAUUUAUGCGUAUGAUGCUUACACCUGAUGUACAGUAGUUAAUGACUAAUGUUUGGUGUUUUA